AGUAUAUGAUGGACCCCAAAGUAAACAUCAGUAUUCCAUUCUUGGGAAGGAGGCAAUUCAAAUCAGUUCAUAUUUGAAGGUGAACCUACCAAACUUUCUUUGCUCUAAGUAGUUAUAAAAACCAAAACACAGCCAUCAUUUGAAAUUCACAUUUCUCCAAAUUGUUCAAAACAGUUCUCCAGCCAAACAAUGUAAACAAAAAUGAAUAUAUGUAGGCAAAGUGUGCAUAAAAAUUCAUAUAUUAGUGUAACUGGAAUAGAAUUGGAAUACAAUGCAUUAUUUCAGUGGGAAAUGUUCUGUAGAUAUGAGUAUAUUGGGGCACAAUUUGCACUAAAAUAUUAAAGAAUCAUUAAGAAGCAGAUUAAAAAACAACAACAUAGGAUAUUUCCCACUGAUACAGCAUAAAAUUCUUGUUGCAGUAUUGUGCCAAAGAACUACCAGCAUAUUCUGGCCUUGGUAUUUGCUGUCAAGGAGAUCAAUGAGAACCCCAAGAUCUUACCUAAUAUCACCUUAGGAUUCCACAUCUAUGACAGUUACUUUGAUGAAAGGAUGACCUACUGGGCUGCUCUGAACCUUCUCUCCACCCUUCUACCAAACUACAAGUGCAAUAUCCAGAAACACCUGAUGGCAGUUAUUGGGGGACUGGACUUGGAUACCUCUGUCUACCUGGCAAACAUCUUGGGCAUCUACAAGAUUCCCCAGGUAAGAUACAGUCUUGGGGUUUCCACACUCAUUCACCAUGAUGUUUUCUAUUCAGAAAGGAUUUGUUUAAUAUAGAAAUAGUUGUGAGAGACAAAGGAGAGUGAUUCUGCCUUUCACAAAAAGUGUUCCCAGUGUGCUUUGCACAAUUAAAUAGAAUGUGUAGCAUCAAGCUGUCAGGUGACAUUAAGCUAUCAGCAUAAUAAAAACAUGUCUGCUCUAGGUAGCCAUUCCUCUCCACCAAGCAUCAGACUGUCAGUGUCUAUGGAUGAAGAGAAGGUAAUGGGAUGGUGGAAGAGUGCUCCUCUCACCCCACUUCCUUGUCCACACACACCUAAAAACAUGUAUCCAAAUUCCAUUCUUCCAACUGACACCCUCUCACCUUUGCUCCAUGGCCUACUGGUUGGAGACUGAAGCUGCUCCCUUGCAAAGCUGGAAGCCUGCCGAUCAGAAAUCAGCUGCCCACACAUUCUGGGACUUGAUGGGGAUUUUGUGUGUUAGUGGCUUGAGAGAGGAAGGGAAGGGAAGGGAAGGGAAGGGAAGGGAAGGGGCCAUGAAAUCAGGAGCUGAAAUGUUGUGGUGAAGCAACAUGAAAGAAACAGGGGAGAGAAAAGCAGCAGUAGAGAAAAAGCCUAGAGAUCACAGUGGAUAAAGAAAAGGAGGGCAGAGGAGCUUUGUGGAACCUGCCUUCUUAAGGUAACUGGCUCAUUUUGCCCCCUGGGUUCAAAUACCCAGUCCUUCUGCAUUUAUAAAUAAUGCUCCUUUAUUUCCCUUUAGAUCACUUAUGGCUCCUUUGCCCCAGAGCAUGCUGGUGAAAGCCAAUCCACUUCCUUCUACAAGAUGGUGCCCAAUGAAGCCCAUCAGUACACUGGGAUUGUUGAGAUACUUUUGCACUUUGGCUGGACAUGGGUUGGGUUGCUUGCUAGUGGAGACAGUGGAGAGAGGUUUAUUCAGACCCUGAAACCUCUGCUCUCCCAGAAAGGCAUUUGCUUGGCCUUCUCAGAGACAACCCUGAAAACGACAUAUAUGGCUGAGUAUUAUGACAUGUAUCCCCACUGGAUUCAAAUUUAUCAAGUUAUUAUGGAAAGUAAAGCCAAGGUGGUGGUUUUCUAUGGAGAAACAAAGUACAUGCUUUUCAUGAGAGACAUAGUAGCUCUUGGUGAAUUGGAAAAUGUGACCAAGACGUCUGUAGGCAAGGUGUGGAUUCUGACGGCACAGCUGGAUUUCAAAGCAUUGACCUAUCAAAUGAACGUGGAUAUGCAAGUCUUCCAGGGUUCCCUCUCCUUUAAAAUUCAUUCAAAUGUGGUACAAGGAUUCAAAGCCUUUCUUCAGGCACAAAAUCCUUUUGAGGCAAAUGGAAAUGGCCUUGUCAAGCAGUUCUGGGCACAGGUAUUUCUCUGUUUAUUUCCAAACUCCAAUACAGAGGAGCAGGCCAGUGGAACCUGUACUGGAGAGGAGAAGCUGGAAGAUCUCCCUUCAUCUGCAUUUGUGAUGAGCAUGGCUGGCCACAGCUACAGUCUUUAUAAUGCUGUCUAUGCAACGGCACAUGCUUUACAUGCCAUGUUCUUGUCCAGAACCAAAUACAGGGCAGUGGUGGAAGGAGGGAUGCAGGAGGUUUGGCCUUGGCAGGUAAUGCCUCAUGAGUUAUAAUUUGACAUAGGCAAUGAUAUGCAAAACAGUACCCUGAAAAAUUGCAAGCUCUCACUACUAGACCACAUUCUCCCCUUGUGUGCAGAGAAGCUGCUCAUUAAGGACUAGCACAGGGAAGUAUCAGGCAGUUCUGCUUACAGCUCUUAAGCAGGAGGAUCCUAUUCUGCACUGUCCUGCUUUUUUGUGAGCAACUUCCUUUGCGUGCAGAGAACCUGUUAGUGAAGGCGGAUCCAAUCCUGCACUGUGCUGCUACUUCCAAAGCAGCUUCACUGCACACAAGUUACAGGGAGGAUCCCAGCCUAGACUGAGAUGAGUAGGAGAGAGCUGGCAGGGAGAGGCAGGUGGAGCUGGAGAAAAAUGUAGCUGUGGCUGGGGAAAUGAGAUGGGGAACAGCAAGGAAGAGGACUUUCAACCUUUUUAUUUUGUAGUUUUAGCUGAGCUUGCUAAGCAAUAUCAUUCUUGUUGGACUCUUUGCUGAGAGAACCCCAGAAGAGAAUUAAAAUGGCAACUCAUGCAGCAAAUAAAGGCAUGAAAUGUAGGCGUUUAAACCUUAAAAUGUACCCCUUCUAGCUGAUCCCAAAAUAUCCCAUUUCCUUACCACAAAGACAGGUCACAUAAUUAAUAGGUUAUACAUUGUUUGCUUGCAAAGCUCUUCAAAGGUCAGAUUCAUGUGCUUUUCCAUACAGCAGUCAGUUGUGUAGGCAGUCAAACAUAGCUUGGUUACAAUAAUGGCUACAGUUCCUAAAAUAUUGGUAUAGAAAACACUGUACAGACAGACUGGAGGCAUCGUGAGUGCCAAAAAGGAGAGACAUAUCCAUUACCUCACAGUUACUAUUUUUAUUUCAAUGCAGCUCCAUCCGUUCCUUAGGACUGUCUCCUUCAACAACUCUGCUGGAGAAACUGUAUCUUUUGGUGAGAACAGGGAAGUAGAAGCUGGCUUUGAUAUUACCAACAUGGUCACUUUCCCAAAUAACUCCUUCGUGAGGGUCAAGGUUGGAAGGGUUGAUGUGGAGGCUACACCUGACCAGCCAUUCACCCUUGAUGACAACAGAAUGGUGUGGCACAGAAGCUUUCACCAGGUGAGGCAUAGUUCCUACAUCUAUGAGAGAUAGGAAAAUAUAAUGUUAUUUUACUUACAGAUCAUCAGUCCAGCACAUACCUGCCUUUCUAGCCAGAUUGUAAACAUUUUUUCUCCGCACUGUGUAAGAAUAAUAGAAUCUUAGAGUUGGAAGUCAUGUGGUCCGCGAUGCAGGAAUCACAACAUAAGAUGAUCUUGCUGGCUCAGAUCAAUGCCCAACUAGUGCAGAAUAUUGCCAUUGGCCAAUCUUGUCCAGCUUCUGGAUAUGGCAUGUGGCUUUUGAUUUGGGGCUCUUUUUAUCCCAGUGUAUUUCAUGAGUCUCUUGGGAAGAAGAAGAGGCACCAGCCGAAAACCUCUAAUGAAUUUCUUAGACAUAAUGGGUAUGUGUGUGUGUGUGUGUGUGUGUGUGUGUGUGUGUGAAUCACACCCAAGCUACCACACCUUUCAAUUAUACUAGGGUUGACCUAUUUCAGGACUCCCUGAAUCUCCCUCGACAAACAUGCCAAAAUCCCAUGAUUUUUGUUUUACUUGCCAAAGAUCCAGGACAAACCUCCACCUUCCAGAACUUUCCCCAGGACGCCGCUUCCGCCUUUGAAAUCCCGGACAUAUGGCAGCCCUAAUUUUAUUGAGACACCUAAAACAAACCACAGGACGUGGGUGGCGCUGUGGGUUAAACCACAGAGCCUAGGACUUGCCGAUCAGAAGGUUGGCGGUUCGAAUCCCCGUGACGGGGUGAGCUCCCGUUGCUUGGUCCCUGCUCCUGCCAACCUAGCAGUUUGAAAGCACGUCAAAGUGCAAAUAGAAAAUAGGUACCGCUUCAGCGGGAAGGUAAACGCUGUUUCCGUGCACUGCUCUGGUUCGCCAGAAGCGGCUUAGUCAUGCUGGCCACAUGACCCAGAAGCUGUACGCCGGCUCGCUUGGCCAAUAAAGUGAGAUGAGCGCCACAACCCGAGAGUCAGUCACGACUGGACCUAAUGGUCAGGGGUCCCUUUACCUUUAAGACAAACCACACAUUCCAUUAUUCAUGUUCCUUUUUAAAAAACAGCAAGAAGUGUGCUUAUGCUAGCCACUUGUAUCCUAAGGAAAAAUGAACUGUAGGCAUGGGUGGAGGAGAAUUUCAUAUUGUCUAUAAUUUUAUACCUCUCAGACUAGUACACAUAUUGGAACAGGUUUCAAAUUUCUGUGGAUCUUGUGUCUCACCUCAAAAAAGUAAUAAUAUUAUUUGAACAAUACAUCUGGUAGGAUUAAAUACACUUGAAAAUGCACCUGUUAAGAUAAAAUGCAUGGCUGUGAAGGGGGCUUCUAAGAACAUUUGGCUGAACUUGUUUAGUGACUCCUCAUAUUUGGGGACUGAGAUAAGAACAGAAAAUUCCAAAUAACAGGGAGGCUUCUCAGUGUGUUCAGCCUGUCAGAGCUUUCUGCUUAGUAUGCAGAGAUGAUUGGUGGAACAGCUAUGGGAACAAUAUGGGCAGAGCUGGUGAGACCACACUCCACAAGGUCUCCACAUUUGUAGAUCAUUUUCGGCACUACGCUUCUGUCAUCUUCACAAAGCAUGGUUAUUAUUUUUUACACUUGCUGCGAUUGGAAAAUUGGAGGUGUAAAAGGUAUUACUUUAUAUAUGGGGACAAAAAGGGGCAGGGCUGGCAAAGAUGAACCCCCAAUCCCCUUCCCUAUUUCAGCUAUCAUGCAUUCUUUCUGAAUGCCAGAAAGGGGCUCAAACAUGGUCAGUUUCCGCAUUAUUUUGGUUUAUUAUUUUUUUAAAAAACCAUGAAGAGCCAAAUGAGUAGCCUGGCACUGUGUUUCGAAUAAGUAGUUUGGUGUCUUCCUACUGCCAGCUGGAAGAAAAAAGAAACCAAAAGUGCUACUUACUUCUCUGUGCUAAACAGUUUAUCUGUUUCUUUAAAUGCGCAGGUUCCACCUAUUUCUGUAUGUAACCUAAAUUGCCCUCCUGGUUCCAGGAAGGAGAAGAAGGAGGGGGAGCCAUUCUGCUGCUAUGGUUGUGCUCCAUGUCCUCAAGGCAAGAUUUCGUCCCAGAAGGGUAAGAGACACAGGAUAUACGAUUUUCAAAAAUAAGGCAUGUUAGAAGUUGCAGAAAAGGAUAAAUAAAGAAUUGGUAACCUUUGCAUUUUUGUACAUGUUGUUUGAUUGGAGUACUGCAUCGCAAAUGUUUAGAGAAGUAUAAAUUUUAAGGGAAAAUUUACUUUGGUUUACGUGUUGAUUCAAGGAGUGCAAUUUAGAUAUCUUUCUCAUUCAAGUGGCAUAAAAACCAAAUUGUCUCCGUACCAAUUGGUAGAUAGCCCCCAUAAAGGAUUAGGGACCCACUCCUAAAAAGAAUAGGUUUGUCACCCAUGAUGUAAUCUUUGUCACAGGUGAAAAUACAGCAAGCAAUUUUGAAUUAAAUGCACCAGUGAUAGCACAUGGUAUGAGCCACCUAUCUUAAUUAAGGCAAUAACAAACAAACAUGCGUCUGAUUGAUUCUCAAUCGCACACCUGGGCAGGGUGGAAUGGGGUCAGCAAAGGGUGUGGAACAGGGCUGGGAAUGGAACCUCUGUGCAAAAUGGUCAUGGACUGUGCCUGUUCUGGACAAUAAAAAUGUGGUUUAUGAGAAGUUAGCAAGCCAUCACAGGACACCCCACAUAACCGAACACAAAGGCUGAGGUGGGAUUCUCAUGCAUCGCUUUCAAUCUGGUUAUUCUGGAAAUAUCUGUGAUACCUCUAAUUUAAAAUUAUGAGUUCCAUACUUGCAGCAUUAGCAGUUGCUCUAAUCUAAAAUCUAAAAAGUAUCUAAAAUGUAAAAUCUGAAUGUAUUAUUUUCUUUCCAGACAUGGUUGACUGUGUUGCAUGCCCCGAAGAUCACUAUCCACACAGGAACCAAUCACAAUGCAUUCCAAAGACCAUCAGCUUCCUGUCCUUUAUAGAGCCUCUAGGAAUGAGCUUAGCAUUGUUGGCUCUUUCACUCUCUCUCCUGACCGUGGUGGUCCUAGCCAUCUUCAUUAAACACCAGGACUCACCACUUGUCAGAGCAAACAAUCGGGACCUCACCUACACUCUCCUCACUUUCCUCCUAUUCUGCUUCCUCUGCCCAUUGAUCUUCCUCAGCCCUCCAGAAAGAGUCAGCUGCCUGCUCCGACAAAUGGCUUUUGGCCUUGUUUUCACAGUCACCGUUUCUUGUGUGCUGGCCAAAACGAUCAUGGUGGUUCUGGCCUUUGUGGCCACCAAACCAGGAUCCCGAAUGAGGAAGUGGGUGGGGAAAAGACUGGCAAGCUCCAUUGUGAUUUCUUGUUUUCUUAUCCAAGUGGGCAUUUGCACUGUAUGGUUAGGAACCUCUCCUCCAUUUCCUGAUUCUGACAUGCACUCUGUGAUGAGGGAAAUCAUUCUAGGCUGCAAUGAAGGGUCAGUUGCCCUGUUUUACUGUGUCCUGGGCUACAUGGGCUUUUUGGCCAUUGUCAGCUUUGUUGUGGCCUUUUUUGCCAGGAAAUUGCCUGAGAGCUUCAAUGAGGCCAAAUUCAUCACCUUCAGCAUGUUGUUGUUUUGUAGUGUUUGGAUCUCGUUUGUUCCGGUCUACCUGAGCACCAAGGGGAAAUACAUGGUGGCUGUGGAGAUCUUCUCCAUCUUGGCCUCCAGUGCUGGGAUACUGGGCUCCAUCUUUGCUCCCAAAUGCUACAUCAUUGUGUUGAGGCCUGAUCUGAACAGCAAGGAGCAGUUAAUAAAGAGAAAAUAAUAAAUUAUCCUUUCAUCCUUUGGUUUUUUCCCACCAAACUAUGAAUAAUUUAAUCUCUCUUUAUCCACACCAUUCAAUUAGGUUGUAUUUUACAUGUUGCGAUUCCUAUGUGCACUUUCUUCUAAAAUCCCCUGUGGUCUCUUGGAGACAGGAGCCCCUGAUCUUGUUUUAACCCUAGGCUUAUUUGGAAACCAAAAAACUGUGAUGAGUACCAUAAAAGAUUGAGACCUGACUACAACCACAAAGGGUAAUUGAUUAGAAACUGAACAGGGAAAAAUAAUACAUUGAGAGGCAAUUUUUUUUUAAAAAAAAAGUCUCAUUCCUUUCUAGGUUAUUUUCCUCUCAGUAAGGUUUCAGUAGAGUUGCUACUGACAUGAUGAACCAGUCUCAGAGAUUUCAGUACAGUGAGUCCCCACUUACAUGGGGGUUAUGUUCAAGUGCCCCCACACAUAAAUGAAGAUUGGAUACGUGGGUAGCACCCUCUAAAACCUUUUGAAUGUCUUCUCUACUGCUCUCUCUCCUUUCCAUAUCAGGAAUACUGCACCUAAAAUACCCACAUCUGGAAUUUGGGGGGCUGACUGGAGGAUGUGGGGGGAAAGUUGCUGCUUCUGCUGCUCUUCUAUGCACAUUAGCUGUCAGGUGGGGGGGGGGGCUGAGUAGCGUAAACAACCCCCUGCUGCACCUCCAGUCUCUGCCCUCACAAGCCAUGAGAACUCUCCAGCGCUCUUCCUCCAUAACUAUUUAAUGUAGAUUCCGGCGUAUUAGGACCCCCAACUUUUGCUGUUAAAUUUUAGAAUAUGAGAGUUGUCGAAUUUGAGCGCCGCCAGGGGCAGAGCGUGCACCCCUCCGCUGCCUCUGCCAUCGCAGUAGCAGCAGCCUGAGGUGAGGCGUUUGGCGGGCGGGCGUGCACCUCGCUCAGAAGGACUUUCUGCACCCCCUUCUGUGGGAAGGGAGGAGGGGCGAAGGCAGAAGGGGCGCCUCUGCUCACCGUCUCCCUCUCUUCCUUCCCAACGCGUAUACCCGGCGUAUAAGAUGACCCCUGACUUUGGGGGUGAUUUUCCAGGGAUAAAAGUCACAUAAUACGCCACAACAUAUGGUAGUUAUUAUUCGUGUCCAGUGGGGGAUGCUCUUGGUUAUGGGCAAUAUAUGCUAGACCAUUCCUGGUGGGGUGGGGGGUUUUAAAUUUAAAAUUAAAUGAAUAACAGUUUUGGUAUUUUUAAUGUUAUAAGGUGGAGCAGAAUGCAUCUGAAUGAAUAUUUUGAAGUUAAAGCAUUUUGAACAUGAGUGAAAUUAAGCUUCAUUUUAUUAGAAAAUAUAAUACCACCAUUCACUACAUUUUAUUUAUUACUUCUAUAUAUUUCUCUCUCCAACUAGUUGUGAGGUGCUUUCCUAUCAGGAACAUAAAGAGUUGUUUGUGAGAAUCUCUCAACAAAGAGUUUGUGCCCCCAACCUGGAUCUUGGCAUCCAGAGCAUUCUUCUUUUUUGAUUCCUAUUUUUCCUUGCUACCAUUGCAAGCCACCUACGGAACUCAGUCCUUUUCACCGUUCUUUGGUUCUGGUAUAAUGAUCAAAAAACUAAUGAACUGGUGUUCAGGUGGGAUUUUUAGGAGGUCAGGUUAAUCAUUUGCACUGGUCAGCAUUGAUAAAAGACUGGCCCACUGUUCUUCUCUUCCUCAUUGCUCUUAAUUCUGCAUGCCCUUGUGGUGUCCCAUAAACAGUCAGAAACCACCUUGAAUGAAACAUCAGAAACAGAGUUGUUAUUAUUAUGUUUGGGUAUUUUCUGAUGUUUCUGAUGUAAAGAGAGCUUGUUAUUAUCUCACCUAUAAUUAUCACUCUCAGCAUGGCUAAGUCUCCCUUGGAUAAUGUCUCCGUAGAUUUCCAGAGAAUACUAACCAAUGUCAAAACAUGGGUAUUAUAACCUCUUCCUGUCAUUCUAAGGAAGGGAGAGGACAGAGGAAGAGGAAGGAUUUUAACUAUUUUCUUAAUCAAGUUAUAAAAUAGGAUUUUAAUUUGUGAAUUGUUAAAGAAGUGCUGUUCAUGACAAAGCAGAGUAUAGUACUGAGGGUGGCUGUGAAGCAAGGCUCAUGUGAUGCAUGGAAGUAAGGGUGUUUGAUGAGAAAGAAUAUUUGCUUCAGUAUGCUGCUGUUUCUUGUGCCCCUUCUCUUUCAUCUGCCACAUCUGGUGUGCAAUCAGACCAUGAGUUGCACCAUCCAUGAUCUGCCCAGAAUUCCACAUGAAUACUACCAACCUGGUCAUCUUAUUGUUGGCGGACUUGCUUCUCACCUCCGUACUGCUUUUGACAAAGAAGACUUCAAAGAAAGGCUAACUACCCAUCAACUUCUUAAUACCUUGUAAAUAAUUGAAAUGUCAAAUAAUCAAUUAAUACUGAAAUAUCCUGCAGCUCUAACCUGGUCUAUUCAGAAGCUAGUUCCACUGAUUUCAGGGGGAUUUACAUCCAGGCAGAUGGUGGGGGGCAUUUACAAAGCUGAGGAGUUGGCUUGGAAGAAGGGAGAUGCAGAUCUGAAUGUGACAGUGAGAUGAGAGAGCCUGGUCUUGCUGAUGUGUUCUCUCCUUCCCACAUCCCACACAAUGUCUUCCUCCCUAGUUUAAGAUGGAAAGCCCUUCUCUGUUCUUAAUCUUAACCUCAGAAAUGCUCAUGUGAGGGGUCUUAAAGGUUCACCUCUCCUUUCAGGUGGUGCUCAAAGAUCCACGUCAGGCUAGAUGAAUGUAAUAUUUUAGACAGGGACUGAAUCAGAUACAUUCUGACUGUAUUCAGCUGAAGGUAGUGAUCACUGAAGAAAUGUCAGUUAACUGUCAGUUGGCAGAAGUGUUGAGGGAGGUAUGAGUUCCAAUUAAGUGGUAAAGAACAGAUUUUUCCAGAGGUAAAUGGCAGGACUAGGGGAAGUCUGAAUGAACCCUACAUAAAGCUAAAAUUCUGCUCAGUUCUUACCAGGGGAACAUUAUAAAAGCACAUUUUUAAAGGAGUUCAGCUGUUGAAGUAGCCAGGACCAUAAUGUGAGGAGUUUGCCGGUCAGAGGCAGAUUGUACUUAGCUGCUAAACCAAUCUGUGUGUGAACUGGACAGGAGUGGAGGCUUAGGGAAGUUGGUAUGAGAUAAAAGUAUUUAGAUGCUGGUGCGAGCAGCAAGAUCUUUUGGAUCUUCAAAAAGUGUUGUCAAGUACAGGGUGAGUCCUUUAAAAGAGGCCCCGUGGAUAAAGAGCACACAUGUUCCAGGGGGCCUCUUUUAAAUGACUCACCCUGUAUAUGAUGGACCCCUCAUCUCAGGAUGAGAACAGAAAUUGUGCGGUAGCGGCGUGGCUGCAGCGGGAGGCCCCAUUAACUAAAGUGGUUAAGAACAGUUUCAGGUUAAAAACAGAGCUCCAGAAUGAAUUAAGUUCUUAACCCGAGGUACCACUGUAUAUAAGGGCACUAUUUCCACUAAAAUACUGAUGAAUCAUAAAGAGGCUCCUUAAAAACAUGCAUAGUAUAUCUCUCAGUGAUACAGCAUAAAAUUCUUGUUGCAGUGUGGUGCCAAAGAACUACCAGCAUAUUUUGGCUUUGGUAUUUGCUGUCAAGGAGAUCAAUGAGAACCCCAAGAUCUUACCUAAUAUUACACUGGGAUUCCACAUCUAUGACAAUUAUUUUGAUGAAAGGAUGACCUACUGGGCUGCUCUGAACCUUCUCUCCACCCUUCUACCAAACUACAAGUGCAAUAUCCAGAAACACCUGGUGGCAGUUAUUGGGGGACUGGACUUGGAUACCUCCAUCUACCUGGCAAACAUCUUGGGCAUCUACAAGAUUCCCCAGGUAAGAUACUGCCUUGGGGAUUUCACAUAAAUUUACCAUGAUCUUUUCUAUCCAGAUUUCUAUUAAUAUAGAAAUAGUUGUGAGAGACAAAGGAGAGUGAUUCUGCCUUUCACAAAAAGUGUUUCCAGUGUGCUUUGCACAAUUAAAUAGAAUGUGUAGCAUCAAGCUGCCAGCUAUCAGCAUAAUAAAAACAUUUCUGCUCUAGGUAGCCAUUCCUCUCCGCCAAGCAUCAGACUGUCAGUGUCUAUGGAUGAAGAGAAGGUAAUGGGAUGGUGGAAGAGUGCUCAUCUCACCCCACUUCCUUGUCCACACACACCUAGAAACAUGUAUCCAAAUCCCAUGCUGCCGACUGACACCCUCUCACCUUUGCUUCAUGGCCUACUGGUUGGAGACGGAAGCUGCUCUCUUGCAAAGCUGGAAGCCUGCCAAUCAGGAGUCAGCUGCCCACACAUUGUGGUACUUGAUGGGGAUUCUGUGUGUUAGUGGUUUGAGAGAGGAAGGGAAGACGCCAUGAGAGCAGGAGCUGAAAUGCUGUGGUGAAGCAAAGGAGGAGAGGAAAGCAGGAGCGCAGUAAACUGGGCAUGCAGGGGUGGCAGAGAAGGAGGUGGUGGCUGCGAAACACAGGGUGCAAUCUGCAACCCCUCCCAGCUUUCUGGAACCUGCCUUCUUAAGGCAACUGGCUCAUUUUGCCUCCUAUGUGGAUAUGCCUUUGAUGCACAAACCCAGUCCUUCUGCAAUAAUACAUGAUGCUACUGUAUUUCCUUUUAGCUCACUUAUGGCUCCUUUGCUCCAGAAGAUGCUGGUCAAAGCCAAUCCACUUCCUUCUACAAGAUGGUGCCCAAUGAAGCCCAUCAGUACACUGGGAUUGUUGAGUUACUUCUGCACUUUGGUUGGACGUGGGUUGGAUUCCUUGCUAGAGAAAGUGACAGUGGAGAGAGAUUUAUUCAGACCCUGAAACCUCUGCUGUCCCAGAAAGGCAUUUGCUUGGCCUUCACAGAGACAAACCUGAAAACGACAUAUUUGGCUGAGUAUUAUGACAUGUAUCCCCACUGGAUCCAAAUUUAUCACGUUAUUAUGGAAAGUGAAGCCCAGGUGGUGGUUGUCUAUGGAGGAACAAAGUACAUGCUUACCUUGAGAAACAUAGUAGCUCUUGGUGAAUUGGAAAAUGUGACCAAGACGUCUGUAGGGAAGGUGUGGAUUUUGAUGGCACAGCUGGAUUUCACGGCUACGACCUAUCAAAUGAACUGGGAUAUGCAAGUCUUCCACGGUUCCCUCUCCUUUUCAGUUCAUUCAAAUGUGGUGCAAGGAUUCAAAGCCUUUCUUGAGGCACAAAAUCCUUUUGAGGCAAAUGGAAAUGGCUUUCUCAAGCAAUUCUGGGCACAAGUAUUUCUCUGUUUAUUUCCAAACUCCGGUACAGAGGAACAGGCCAGUGGAACCUGCACUGGAGAGGAGAAGCUGGAGAAUCUCACUUCGUCUGCUUUUGAGAUGACCAUGUCUGGCCACAGCUAUAGUCUUUACAAUGCUGUCUAUGCAACGGCACAUGCUUUACAUGCUAUGUUCUUGUCCAGGACCAAAUACAAAUCAGAGGUGGAAGGAGAGAUGCAGGAGCUUUGUCCUUGGCAGGUAAUGCCUCAUGAGAUAUAAUUUAUAUGUAAAACAGCACCCUGAAAAAUUUCAAGCUCCAGUGUAAGAGCACAUUCUCCCCUUGUGUGCAGAAGAGCUACUCAUGGAGUAAGACAGUGAAGUACCAGACCUGUCCCAGUUUUUGUGUGAGCAACUUCCUUUGCAUGCAGAGAACCUGUUAGUGAAGGCGGACACUCUACAUACAAGUUACAUGCAGGAUCCGUGCCUAUACUGAGAUGAGUAGAAGAGAGCUGGCAGGGAGAGGCCAGUGGACCUGGAGAAAAAAGUAGCUGUGGCUGGGGAAAUGGGAUGGGGAACAGUAAGGGAGAGGAUUGAAAACCUGUUUUUUUAGUUUUUGCUGAGCUUCCUAAACAGUAUUAUUCUUGUUGGACUCUUUGGUGAGAGAACCCUAGAAGAGAUUUAAUAUGGCAACUCAUGCAGCAAAUAAUGGCAUGCAAUGUGGGCGUUAAAACCUUAGAAUGUACCCCUUCUAGUUGAUCCCAAAACAUCCCACUUCCUUAGCACAAAGACAGGUCACAUAAUUAAUAAGUUAUACAUGUUUACUUGCAAAGCUCUUCAAAUGUCAGAUUCAUGUGCUUUUCCAUACAGCAGUCAGUUGUGCAGGCAGUCAAACAUAGGUUGGUUACAAUAAUGGCUACAGUUCCAGACUGGAGGCAUCAUGAGUGCCAAAAAGGAGAGACAUAUGCAUUACCUCACAUUUACUAUUUUUCUUCCAAUGCAGCUCCAUCCCUUCCUCAGGACUGUCUCCUUCAACAACUCUGCUGGAGAAACUGUAUCUUUUGGUGAGAACAUGGAAGUAGAAGCUGGCUUUGAUAUUACCAACAUGGUCACUUUUCCAAAUAAUUCCUUCGUGAGGGUUAAGGUUGGAAGGGUGGAUGUGCAAGCCACCCCAGGCCAGCAACUUUCCAUUGAUGACAACAGAAUGGUUUGGCACAGACGCUUUCACCAGGUGGGGCAUACUUCCUACAUCCAUAAAAUAUAGGAAAACAAUAUUAUUGCAUUUUUAGAUUUUCCUCUGCACUACAUAAGAACAAAAGAAAAGCUUGCUGGAUCAGUCCAAUGGCCCAUCUUGUCCAGGAUAACACCCAUGGCCAGCCUUGUCCUGCAUCUGGAUAUGGCAUGCAUGUGACUGUUACCUUGCCUCUCUCUCUAUCCCAGGGUAUAUCAUGAGUCUCUUGUCAAGAAUAAGGUGUUUGUUGCUCCGAUGGGAAGGAAGCAGGGACUAUUGAGUUUGUGGGCAGCUGUUUUUCUCACCAACAGUGGAAUGAGGAAAUGGACUUCUUAGAUUUAGGAAGACUCAAACAAUGGGGGCCAAAGAAUUUUAAAAAAAUCAGUCUGUCCCCCUCCAAGGAGGCUCUCUUCCCUACAUAUCUUUAGGCGCCAGCUGAAAACAUACCUCUUCUCCCAGUUUGUUGUCAGAUUAAAGUAUCUCUCGCCUUUUGAUCUGGGGUUGAUAUUGUUUUGGUUGUUAGGUACAGGUAGGUAGCUGUGUUGGUCUGCUAUAGUCAAAACAAAAUAAAAAAAAUUCCUUCCAGUAGCACCUUAGAGACCAACUAAGUUUUUUAUUGGUAUGAGCUUUUGUGUGCAUGCACACUUCUUCAGAUACCUAGGAACUGCUGGCGGAGAUCAACAUAUAGUUUACGUUUAAGAACCAUAUGUUUAAGAGUUUCCACCUGAUGGUCUUCACAUGUGCAAAUUCUUUCUCCUUCCACCAUUCUCAAGAAGCUUCCCCAUAGGAGGUUUGAAGGAUUUGAAUUAAACCUGGCCAGCGAAAAUGCCCUUCUUUCUUGAGGAUUGAGCAAAAAUUCAAGAUAAUUGUGGUUAAUUUCAUGUGCCCAAGAAAGCACAUGAAGAGGGGAGCAUGUUUUCUUUGCUGCUGCUGUUAGUUCCUGGUGUUCAAUGUCCCACAACCUAGAAAAUUCCAUGGACAAAAACAACCAGCAUAUAAAAGUUCUGACGCUGGAAGAUGAGCCCCUCAGGUCGGAAGGCGUCCAACAUGCUACUGAGGAAGAGCAGAGGACAAGUACAAGUAGAUGCAGAGCUGAUGAAGCGGCUGGGCCAAAGCCAAAAGGUCACUCAAUUGCAGAUAUGCCUGGAAGUGAAAGGAAAGUCCAAUGCUGUAAAGAAAAAUAUUGCAUAGGAACCUGGAAUGUAAGAACCAUGAACGUUGGUAAGCUGGAUGUGGUCAAAAAUGAGAUGGCAAGAAUAAAUAUUGACAUCCUGGGCAUCAGUGAACUAAAAUGGACGGGAAUGGGCAAAUUCAGUUCAGCUGACCAUCGUAUCUACUACUGUGGGGAAGAAUACUGUAGAAGAAAUGGAGUGGCCCUCAUAGUCAACAAAAGAGUGGCGAAAGCUGUACUGGGAUGCAAUCUCAAAAAUGAUAGAAUGAUCUCAAUCCAAAACCAAGGCAGACCGUUUAGCAUCACAGUAAUCCAAGUUUAUGCACCAACUACCGGUACUGAAGAAACUGAAAUUGACCAAUUCUAUGAAGACUUACAACACCUUCUGGAAAUGACACCAAAGAAGGAUGCUCUUCUCAUUAGAGGGGAUUGGAAUGCUAAAGUAGGGAGUCAAGAGAUAAAAGGAACAACUGGCAAUUUUGGCCUUGGAGUUCAAAACGAAGCAGGGCAAAGGCUAAUAGAGUUCUGCCAAGAGAACAAGCUGGUCAUCACAAACACUCUUUUCCAACAACACAAGAGACGACUCUACACAUGGACAUCACCAGAUGGGCAGCAUCAAAAUCAGAUUGAUUAUAUACUCUGCAGCCAAAGAUGGAGAAGCUCAAUACAGUCAGCAAAAACAAGACCUGGAGCUGACUGUGGCUCAGAUCACCAGCUUCUUAUAGCAAAAUUCAAGCUUAAACUGAAGAAAGUAGGAAAAACCACUGGGCCGGUAAGAUACAAUCUAAGUCAAAUCCCUUAUGAAAACACAGUGGAAGUGAGGAACAGGUUUAAGGAUUUAGAUUUGGUGGACAGAGUGCCUGAAGAACUAUGGAUGGAGGCUCGUAACAUUAUACAGGAGGCAGCAACUAAAACCAUCCCAAUGAAAAGGAAAUGCAAGAAAGCAAAGUGGCUGUCCAACGAGGCCUUACAAAUAGCGGGGGAGAGAAGGCAAGCAAAGUGCGAGGGAGAUAGUGAAAGAUACAGGAAACUGAAUGCAGAUUUCCAAAGAAUAGCAAGGAGAGACAAGAAGGCCUUCUUAAACAAGCAAUGCAAAGAAAUAGAGGAAAACAAUAGAAUGGGAAAAACCAGAGAUCUGUUCAAGAAAAUUGGAGAUAUGAAAGGAACAUUUUGUACAAAGAUUACCAUAAUAAAGGACAAAAGUGGAAAGGACCUCACAGAAGCAGAAGACAUCAAGAAGAGGUGGCAAGAAUACACAGAGGAAUUAUACCAGAAAGAUAUGGAUGUCUCGUACACCCCAGGUAGUGUGGUUGCUGACCUUGAGCCAGACAUCCUGGAGAGUGAAGUCAAAUGGGCCUUAGAAAGCACUGCUAAUAACAAGGCCAGUGGAAGUGAUGGAAUUCCAGCUGAACUAUUUAAAAUUUUAAAAGAUGAUGCUGUUAAGGUGCUACACUCAAUAUGCCAGCAAGUUUGGAAAACUCAGCAGUGGCCAGAGGAUUGGAGAAGAUCAGUCUACAUCCCAAUCCCAAAGAAGGGCAGUGCCAAAGAAUGCUCCAACCACCACACAAUUGCAAUCAUUUCACACGCUAGCAAGGUUAUGCUUAAAAUUCUACAAGGCAGGCUUAAGCAGUAUGUGGACCGAGAACUCCCAGAAGUGCAAGCUGGAUUUCGAAGGGGCAGAGGAACCAGAGACCAAAUUGCAAACAUGCGCUGGAUUAUGGAGAAAGCUAGAGAGUUCCAGAAAGACAUCUACUUCUGCUUCAUUGACUAUGCAAAAGCCUUUGACUGUGUCGACCACAGCAAACUAUGGCAAGUUCUUAAAGAAAUGGGAGUGCCUGAUCACCUCAUCUGUCUCCUGAGAAAUCUCUAUGUGGGACAAGAAGCUACAGUUAGAACUGGAUAUGGAACAACUGAUUGGUUCAAAAUUGGGAAAGGAGUACGACAAGGCUGUAUAUUGUCUCCCUGCUUAUUUAACUCAUCAUGCGAAAGGCUGGGCUGGAUGAAUCCCAAGCCGGAAUUAAGAUCGCCAGAAGACAUAUCAACAACCUCAGAUAUGCAGAUGACACAACCUUGAUGGCAGAAAGUGAGGAGGAAUUAAAGAACCUUUUAAUGAGGGUGAAAGAGGAGAGUGCAAAAUAUGGUCUGAAGCUCCACAUCAAAAAAACGAAGAUCAUGGCCACUGGUCCCAUCACCUCCUGGCAAAUAGAAGGGGAAGAAAUGGAGGCAGUGAGAGAUUUUACUUUCUUGGGCUCCAUGAUCACUGCAGAUGGUGACAGCAGUCACGAAAUUAAAAGACGCCUGCUCCUUGGGAGAAAGGCGAUGGCAAACCUAGACAGCAUCUUAAAGAGCAGAGACAUCACCUUGCCAACAAAGGUCCGUAUAGUUAAAGCCAUGGUUUUCCCAGUAGUGAUGUAUGGAAGUGAGAGCUGGACCAUCAAGAAGGCUGAUCCCCGAAGAAUUGAUGCUUUUGAAUAAUGGUGCUGGAGGAGACUCUUGAGAGUCCCAUGGACUGCAAGAAGAUCAAACGUAUCCAUUCUGAAGGAAAUCAGCCCUGAGUGCUCACUGGAAGGACAGAUUCUGAAGCUGAGGCUCCAAUACUUUGGCCACCUCAUGAGAAGAGAAGACUCCCUGGAAAAGACCCUGAUGUUGGGAAAGAUGGAGGGCACAAGGAGAAGGGGACGACAGAGGACGAGAUGGCUGGAUAGUGUUUGCGAAGCUACAAACAUGAGCCUGACCAAACUGCGGGAGGCAGUGGAAGACAGGAGUGCCUGGCAUGCUCUGAUCCAUGGGGUCACGAAGAGUUGGACAUGACUAAACGACUAAACAACAACAACAAAUUCAAAUAUCAAUACAGGUGCAUUCAAACCUGGCCGAUUUUCUUUGGGUACUUGGAAUAUGUAAUAAUCACUCAAAUAAGAUUCCAUUUUCUCGCAGUCCUCUUUUCCACAGUGAUAUAAUGAAGUAUAAUUUUUUUCAAACACAAAAUGAGUAGCUUGGCACUGAGUUUCGAAUAAGUAGUUUAGUGUCUUCCUACUGCUGGCUGGAAGAAAAAGGACACAAAAAGUGCUAAUGAUUUCUGUGUGCUAAAAUGUUUAAGUGUUUAUUUAAAUGGGCAGAUUCCACCCCUUUCUGUGUGUAACCCAAGUUGUCCUCCUGGUUCCAGCAAGGAGAAGAAGGAGGGGGAGCCAUUCUGCUGCUAUGCUUGUGCUCCAUGUCCUCAAGGAAAGAUUUCAUCUGAGAAAGGUGAGAAACAAAAGGGAUGUACUUUUCAAACAUCAGUAAUGUUAGAAAUUAUGGAAAAGUUAUGGAAAUAUGCAUUUUGUACAUUUUGUUUGAUUGGAGAACUGUACCAUUUUUGGGGGAAACUCUAUUAUGCUUUGUGUUGGUCAAGAAGUACAAUUUACAUAACUUUCCCAUCCAAAUGUCAACAAAAUCAAAUUUCUCCUCCACCCCUAUUGGCACACAGCCCCCAUAAAGGAAUAUGGAAUAUGUCCUUGCCCCCCCCCCCCACAAAAAAGGAUUUGUCACCCAUGAUGAAUGUUAAAAUACAGCAGGCAAUGCUGAGCUGAAUGGACCAGAGAUCUGAGUUGGGAUGACACAUCCUGAGUUCCUGUUCUGAACAAUUAUAAUGCGAGGCUGAUUUCUAUUUGUACUUACCAACUUUGUCCAUCUAAACUGCACAACAUGGUUUAUGAGGAGUUAGUAAGUCAUCACAGGACACGCCACACAACCACUGGCGGAGGAAGGAGGGUGCGGGGGGUGUGGACUGUCCUGGGUGUAAUCCCUGAGGGGGCUGACAUUGCCACGCCACCCUCCCCCCAACGCUCACCGCGCUGGCAGUGCCCUUGGAUACUUGCUGCAUGGGCAGCUAGCAGCGCCCCCCACGCUUGCCGCUUGGGCGGAGGGGGUCUAGGGACGCUUGCCGUGUGGGCUGCUAGCCCUGCCCCUGUGGACUGGCUAGUCCUGCCCACAUGCUGCUCUGGGUGUCAGAGCAAGUAACUCCGCCUCUGCACAUGACCCAACACAAAGUGCUGAGGUGGGGUUCUCAGGCAUCACUCUCAAUCUGGUUACUCUGGAAAUAUCUGUGAUAUAUCUGAUUUAAUCUUAUGAGUUCCAUACUGACACCAUUAGUAGCUGCUUUGCAACACAUCUGAAAUCUGAAAGGGAAACGUUGACAGCUAUGUUCUGAGGUGGGGUUCUCAUGCAUGACUUUCAAUCAGGUUACUCUGAAAAUAUGUGUGAUACCUCUAAUUUAACAUUAUCAGUUCCAUACUCACACCGUUAGCAGUUGCUCUCCAACACAUCCAAAAUCUGAAUGUAUUAUUUUCUUUCCAGACAUGGUUGACUGUGUUGCAUGCCCAAAGGACCACUAUCCACACAGAAACCAAUCACAAUGCAUUCCAAAAACCAUCAGCUUCCUGUCUGUUAAAGAGCCUCUGGGGAUGAGCUUAGCAUUGUUGGCUCUUUCUCUCUCUCUCCUCACAGUGGUGGUCCUAGUCAUCUUCAUUAAACAUCAGGACACACCCAUUGUCAGAGCAAACAAUCGGGACCUCACCUACACUCUGCUCACUUUCCUCCUGCUCUGCUUCCUCUGCCCAUUGAUCUUCCUCAGCCCUCCAGAAAGAGUCAGCUGCCUGCUCCGACAAAUGGCUUUUGGCCUUGUUUUCACAGUGACCGUUUCUUGUCUUCUGGCCAAAACGAUCACGGUGGUUCUGGCCUUUGUGGCCACCAAACCAGGAUCCCGAAUGAGGAAGUGGGUGGGGAAAAGACUGGCAAGCUCCAUUGUGUUUUCUUGUUCCCUUAUCCAAGCAGGCAUUUGCACUGUGUGGUUGGGAACCUCUCCCCCAUUCCCUGAUUCUGACAUGCAGUCUGUGAUGAGAGAAAUCAUUCUAGGCUGCAACGAAGGGUCAGUCACCCUGUUUUACUGUGUCCUGGGCUACAUGGGCUUUUUGGCCAUUGUCAGCUUUGUUGUGGCCUUUUUUGCCAGGAAAUUGCCUGAGAGCUUCAAUGAGGCCAAAUUCAUCACCUUCAGCAUGUUCUUGUUUUGUAGUGUUUGGAUCUCCUUUGUUCCAGUGUACCUGAGCACCAAGGGGAAAUACAUGGUGGCUGUGGAGAUCUUCUCCAUCUUGGCCUCCAGUGCUGGGAUACUGGGCUCCAUCUUUGCCCCCAAAUGCUACAUCAUUGUGUUGAGGCCUGAACUGAACAGCAAGGAGCAGUUAAUAAAGAGGAAAUAAUAAAUUAUGCCAUCACCUUUUGGGCUUUUUCCACCAAACUAUGAGCAAUAUAAUCUAUCUUUAUCCACAUCAUUAAAUUAUGUUGUAUUUUAUGUGUUGCAAUUGCUGUUAAAAUCCCCUAUGGUUUCUCUGAGACAGGAGCCCCUCAUCUUGUUUUAACCCUAAGGCUUAUUUGGAAACCAAAAAACUUUUAUGAGUACAAUAAAAUAUUGAGACCUGACUAGAACCUCAGAGGAUAAUUGAUUAGAAACUGAACAAGAAAAAUCAAUACACUGAGAAGCAUUUUUUUAAAAAGGCUAGUUCCUUUCUAGGUUUUUUCCCCUCUCAGUAAGGUUUCAGUAGAGUUGCUACUGUCAUGUCUCUGAGGUUUCAGUAGAGUGAGUCCCCACUUACUUGACGGUUAUGUUCAAUCCCCCCCCCAUAAAUGAAGAUUGGAUAAAUGGGGAGCACCCUCUAAAACCUUUUGAAUGUCUUCUCUACUGCUCUAUCUCCAUCCCAGAUCCAAAAUGCUGCACCUAAAUUACCCACAUCUGGAAUUUUGGGGGCUGAACGGAGGAUGUGUGGGGAAAGUUGCUGCUUCUGCUACCCUUCUAUGCACAUUAGCUGUCAGGUGGGGGUGGGGCUGAGCCACAUAAACAAGCCACUGCUGCACCUCCAGUCUCUGCCCUCACAAGCCAUGAGAACUCUCCAGCGCUCUCCCUCCAUAACUGCGUAUUAAUUAAAUUGUUUCGAUAUCCUGGACUGUUCUUGGCGGGUUUAUUUAAACUUAAAAGGUAAAGGUACCCCUGACCGGUCCAGUCACGAACGACUCCGAUGUUUGCAUGCUCAUCUCCCUCUAUAGGCCGAGGGAGCCUGCGUUUGUAUGCAGACAGCUUCCGGGUCAUGUGGCCAGCCAUGUGAUCAUGACUAAGCCACUUCUAGUGGACCAGAGCAGUGCACGGAAAUGUCGUUUACCUUCCCGCUGGAGCAGUACCUAUUUAUCUACUUGCAAUUUGACGUAAUUUUGAACUGCUAGGUGGGCAGGAGCAGGGACCGAACAAGGGGAGCUCACCCCGUCGUGGAGAUUCGAAUGGGCGACCUUCUGAUUGGCAAGGGAGAUGCUUCUGAAUGAAUAUUUUGGAGUAAAAGCAUUUUGAACUUGAGUGAAAUUAAGCUCCAUUUUAUUAGAAAAUAUAAUACUACCACACACUACUUUUUGUUUAUUACUUCUAUAUAGUGUCCCACUGACUAGUUGUGAGGUGCUUUUCUGUCAGGGACACAAAUAGUUGUUUGUGGGAAUCUCUCACCAAAAUGUUCAUUCCCCAAUCUUGGCAUCCAGAGCAUUCUCCUUUUUUGAUUUCUAUUUUUCCUUUCUACCAAUGCAAACCACCUACAAAACUCUCUUUUUUUGCUUUUAAAUUAUGCUUUAUUGUACUUACUUACAUCUGUACAACAUAAACCUAAAUUCAUUGUCAAUAAACCGAAUAAUCAAAAAUCAGAUAAAAUACAAGCACUUUAACAAUAAAUUUUCAUCCAAAGUGCCUGACCUCCCGUCCUUUCCAUAUUUCGUUCAUUUUAAACCUAUUGCAUAAGCUUGUCUACUUGUUUAGUAAUAAAGUAAAAAUAUCCAUGUAUUUUUCCUUUUGCGUGAAUUUUUUUACAGAGGUUGUUCAAAGGCUGCUACCAAGUUUAAAUUACAGCAACUGUUCUUGAGGUAAUUGUUGAAAACUAAUGAACUGGUGUUCAGUUGGGAAAUUUUGGGAGGCCAGAUUAAUUAUUUGCACUGGUCAGCAUUGAUAAGAGACUAGCCCACUGUUCUUCUCUUCCUCAUUGCUGUUAAUUCUGCAUGCUCUUUUGUCGUCCCAUAAACAGACAGAAGCCACUUUGGAUGAAAAAUCAGAAGCAGGGGUUUGUUUGUAUUUUGGUCAUUUUCUGAUGUUCCUGAUGUAAAGAGAGCUUGUUAUCACCACAGCUGUAAUUAUCACUCUCCGCAUAGCUAAGUCUCCCUUGGAUAAUGUCUCAGUAGAUUUCCAGAGAAUACUAACCAGUGUCAAAACAUGGGUAUUAUAACAUCUUCUUGCCAUUUUAAGCAAGAGAUAGAAGAGAAAGGAUUUUCACUUUUCUCUUCAUCAAGUUGUAAAAUAGGAUUUUAUACUGUGAAUUGUUAGAGAAGUGAUGUUCGUGAUAAGGCAGAAUAUUGUACUGAGGGUGGUUGUGAAGCAAGGCUCAUGUGCUGGAUGGAAAUAAGGCUGUUUGAUGAGAAAGAAUAUGUGCUUCAGUAUGCUGCUGUUUAUUGUGCCCCUUCUCUUUCGUCUGCCACAUCUGGUGUGCAAACAUAACACGAGUUGCACCGUCCAUGAUGUGUCCAGAAUUCCACAUGAAUACUACCAACCUGGUGAUCUUAUUGUUGGCGGACUUGCUUCCCACCUCCUUACUGCUUUUGACGAAGAAAACUUCAAAGAAAGGCUAACUACCCAUCAGCUUCUAAAUACCUUGUAAACACUUCAAAUGUCGAAUAAUCAGAUGAUACUGAAAUAUCCCCUAGCUCUAACCAGGCCUACUCAGAAGCUAGUUCCAUGAAUUUAAGUGUGAUGUAUAUCUAGGCAGAUGGAGGGGGGCAUUUCCAAAGCUGAAGAGUUGGCUUGGAAGAAGGGAGAUGCAGAGCUGAAUGUGUCAGUGUGAUGAGAGAGCCUGGUCUUGUUGAUGUGUGCUCUCCUCCUCACAUCCCACCAAAUCUCUUCCAAGGAGAGUUUAACUAGGGGAGGACUCACAGACCAUCCCUCCGUAGUUUAAAAUGGAAAGCCCUUCUCUGUUCUUAAUCUUCACCUCAGAAACUCUCCUGUGAGUGGUCUUAAUGGUUCACCUUUCCAUUGAGGUGGUGCUCCUAGAGCCCCUGAUGUUCUCAUCUAAGUUGGGCUAGUCGACUGCAUUUAAUAUUUCUAGAGAGGGCCUGGGUUAGAUACAUUCUAACUGUAUUCAGCUGAAGGUAGUGAUCAGUGAAGAAAUGUCAGUUAACAGUCAGUUGGGAGAAGUUCUGAGGGAGGUGUAAAUUCCAAUUCAGCGGUAAAGAUCAGGUUUUCCUGGAGGAAAAUGGCAGGACUAGGGGAAGUCUGAAUGAGCCCUAUAUUAAGCUAAAAUUCUAAUCACUUCUUAUUAGAAGAACAUUAUAAAAGCACAUUUCUUAAAUGAGAUGAGCUGUCCAAGCAGCCAAGAAUAUAAUCUGAGGAGUUUGACAGUCAGAACCUAGAUUGUACCUAGCUGCUAAACUAAUCUGUGUGUGACCUGGACACGAGUGGAGGCUUAAGGAAGUUGGUAUGAGAGAAAAGGCGUUAGAGACUGGUGUCAACAAGAGCAUCUCUUGGAUGUUCAAAAAGUGUUGUCAAGUAUAUAAUGAACCCCAAAGUAAAUAUCGAUAUUCCGUUAUUGGGAAGGGAGGAAUUCAAUUUAGUUCAUAUUUACUGUAAAUGAGAAGCUACCAAAAAAAAUACUCUUAAAAAUAUAUUGAAACCAAACACAGUCAUCAUUUGAAAUUCAAACUUCUCCAAUUUGAAGAAUCAUUUAAGAGACCCCUUAGGGGGGAAAAUGCAUAGCCUAUCUCCCAAUGAUACAGCAUAAAAUUCUCAUUGCAGUAUUGUGCCAAAGAACUACCAGCAUAUUCUGGCCUUGGUAUUUGCUAUCAAGGAGAUCAAUGAGAACCCCAGGAUCUUACCUAAUAUUACACUGGGUUUCCACAUCUAUGACAAUUAUUUUGAUGAAAGGAUGAUGUACCGGGCAGCUCUGAACCUUCCCUCUACCCUUAUACCCAACUACAAGUGCAACAUCCAGAAACACCUGGUGGCAGUUAUUGGGGGACUGGACUUGGAUACCUCCAUCUACCUGGCAAACAUCUUGGGCAUCUACAAGAUUCCCCAGGUAAGAUACCCUUGGGGGUUUCCACACUCAUUCAUCACGAUCUUUUCUAUCUAGAAAGGAUUUGUAUAAUAGAGAAAUAGUUGUGAGAGACAAAGGAGAGUGAUUCUGCCCUUCACAAAAAGUGUUCCCAGUGUGCUUUGCACAAUUAAAUAGAAUGCGUAGCAUCAAGCUGUCAGGUGACUUUCAGCUAUCAGCAUAAUAAAAACAUGUCUGCUCUAGGUGGCCAUUCCUCUCCCCCAUUCUUAGGCACACUGACCAUUUCUCUCUGAUGGAGGUCUGAGAAGUCCAUCUAGCUUGGUGUCUCAGGUUCAGCUGAUGAUGCCACCCCUCCAUAGGGAUAUCCUAUUGCAUAAUAAUAAUGUUACUGUUUAUACCCCACCCAUUUUACUGGGUUGCCCAGCCAUUAUGAGUGGCUUCCAUCAUAUGUAAAAACAUAAUAAAAUAUUAAACAAUUAAAAAACUUCCUUAUAUGGGAUUGUCUUCAGAUGGCUCAGGGACUGGAUAACUCCAUACCCUCCAACAUUUCUGAUGAAAAGAAGGACAUCCUAAGAAAAAUGGGGCAUUGUGGGAUCAAAUCAGAAACUGGGACUGCUUCUGCAAAUCUGGGACUGUCCUUGGAAAAUAGGGACACUAGGAGGGUCUGCCACUGUAUUGCAUGCCAGAGAGCUGCAGGAAUGUGGUUUUUCUCAAGUGCUUUUUCCACAGGAGAGUGCUGUAGCAGCACACCAAAUGCCAUGGAGAAGGGGAGAGUGAAGUGAAGAUAUCUCCCUCCCUCCCAUCCACCCUGCCAACAUAUUUAUUUUUACCACCACAGUCAUUAGAGAUGCACAAGGGCCAGCCCAAGACCCUUUGCUGCCUGAGGUGAACCAGCAAAUGAUACCCCAGUGGAACUGCAGUUUGCUAACGCUGCUGAGUUAGAGCAUGGAUAAGGAAUAUCUGAUUUAGGGACAAAAUGUAGCCCUCAAAACACUCUCCAGUCCUGCUCUCCCAACCCCUUGAGUGAGUUUGGCAGCUUGUUUUUUUACUGACUGAAAAGUGUCUUGGGAUGGAGAGAAGGUAAUGUGAUGAUGGAAGAGUGCUCAUCUCACCUCACUUCCUUAUCCACACACACCUAAAACAUGUAUUGAAAUUCCAUGCUGCUGACUGACACCCUCUCACUUUUGCUUCAUGGCCUACUGGUUGGGGAUGGAAGCUGAUCUCUUGCAAAGCUGGAAGCCUGCAAAUUCCUAUGCCCCACAAAUAACCCAGACAUGCAUUUUAAAUAAAAGGACACAUUCUACUCAUGUAAAAACACGCUGAUUCCCAGACUGUCCGUGGGCCUGAUUUAGAAGGUGAUUGGGCCACAUCCGGCCCCCGGGCCUUAGGUUGUCUACCCAGUCCUAACCAGUCCAAAAUUCCUUCCUGCAGUAUCCUAUUGGUCAGGAAACUGUAGUUACAUAUUUUUCUGACAUGCCUUCUUCAUGUCUUCUUCUUGACAUGUGCUCCCAACUGUUACAUACAUCCCAUGUCCAUUCAUAUACAUCCCAUGUUCAUGUAAAUUGAGUGUUCGGACCCAGAAACCUCCCCCCUAAAUAAAUUCACACUUGACUCAAAUUUUGCUUUUGGUUUUUGGCAGAAUUUAGGCCUCAACUUUAUUGAUUACAGAAAGUGAGUGGUUGCAUAGGCUCUGGUUGGACUAGCUCCCUGCCAUGCAGGUAGCGCUGACCCAGGGUUCCAGCAUAGGUCAGCCAAGGGUGAACACCUGGAUAGGCAAAAAGUCAGGAAUGGACUAUGUCUGCCACCCAGAUGUCCCCCUGGACUCAGGCACGGACACAACCCCCUCACAGGGGUUGACCAAACCAUUUGAGCCCCUGGAUUCCUUUAACAGAAUACCCUUCACAUAGGGAUGGCGAGAGCAUUCCCCCAUCCCUAUCACCUGAACCAGAGCCUAUCCACAACCUUACAAGUUGUGACAAUUUGCUACGUGGCAGGCGAAACCCAAAUGACAACAGCCAAUCAGCCAAGUGGGGAAAAUUCUUGCCGUGCCCCUGUCCCAACAACAGAUGACACACGGUGGCAUAGCAAGGUCAAGUGCAACAAGCCCUAAAGUAGGAAGAGGUGGGCGGGUGUUCCGAAUGCAUGCGCCCAAAGAGGAAGCUCUGGGUCAUGUGCAUAGGCAUAUAUAGGUCCCUUGAUCUGUUUGGACUGCACCCCAUUGGCCAAACUGAACCCAGCAUCGAGGGACCUACCAACUGGGUGCUGUGGCUGACCAAUCUAACCCACCCACAACACAGGGGAUCGGAUUCCAGGUCUCACUGCAACACAUGCCCUCUUUAAGGGAGGACACGAUUAAGCUGUAUCUCUGCCUGGGGCGUGCUUACUAAUAUUCAUGAAGCUUUUAAGCAUGCACAAUGCUCUCUUAACUAUUCUCUGCCAUUCUGAGUCACCCAGACCCUAUACAUCUAUCAACUCUCCAGGGUCAGUGUGGGCUUCUAAUACAUUCUUUCAUAGAUAACGCUGUUCCUAGCCAUCUAAUGGCAACUUUAACAAGGAAAGGAGCCUCUUUGGGAGGAUUAUCCAAUUCAGCUAGCCUGUUUACUCCUCACAGCUGCUAUGUCUCCUUUUUAGUAUCUCCAGCAAUUAAACUCAGGUUGUAAUAAAUUAUUUUGCACAGAUAAGAAGUUCUACAGAAGGGGCCCUUUGCGAAUCUCUUGUGGGCAAAGAGUUUAAAAACAGAACCUCAGUGUCUCAUGGCAGGCAUGGUCGUUCCUGCUCUUAUUUAUUUAUUUAUUUAUUAUUCCACACACCCCUCCCUGCUUUCUGGAAACUGCUUUUUUGAGGCAACUUGCUCAUAUUGCCUCCAGGGUGGGCAGGCCCUGGAUGCACGUGCCCAGUCCUUCUGCAAUUAUAGAUGAUGCUCCUUUAUUUCCCUUUAGCUCACUUAUGGCUCCUUUGCCCCAGAGGAUGCUGGUCAAAGCCAAUCCUCUUCCUUCUACAAAAUGGUGCCCAAUGACGCCCAUCAGUACACUGGGAUUGUUGAGUUACUUCUGCACUUUGCUUGGACGUGGGUUGGAUUGCUUGCUGCAGAAAGUGGAGAGAGAUUUAUUCAGACGCUGAAACCUCUGCUCUCCCAGAAAGGUAUUUGCUUGGCCUUCGCAGAGACAAACCGGAAAAAAACACAUUUGGCUGAGUACUAUAUCAUGUAUUUCCACUGGAUCCAAAUUUAUCAAGCUAUUAUGGAAAGUAAAGCCAAUGUGGUGGUUGUCUAUGGAGGAACAAGGUCCAUGCUUAUAUUGCAGACAAUGAUAGCACUAGGUGAAAUGGAAAAUGUGACCAAGACGGGGGGGCCCACUAGGGGGCGCAUCAGAAGAUGGCUGACAAUAACAUCUCUCCGACCCACACGAGGUAAUUUGGAGGCUGUGAUGGGAGUAAAUAGCCUCCCUACCCCCCCCAGGAUUGUGGGGGGCUGCUCUUGCCUGCUGUGCCCUAUACCACCCCCGAAUUUGUGGGGAUGGGGGCACUAGGCACAAUGCCCUCCUGUGGGAUUUCGGCGCUCCUGGACGCCGUCCCUGAUCCUUGCCACUAGCUGCAAGAACUUCAAAAGAAACUAUUUGGAUGAAGGAAUGCACAUAUUUCAAGGAAGGAGGGGGAGUAAAGACUGCUAACAGAAGAGGUCUCUGAUAAAUCAAGACGAGUCGGAGGAACAAGUAUAGAUCAUUAGAAGAUACGCCAAGACUCUGUAUGGCAAAGGGACUGAUGGGGGAGGGGGGGGGAACUUUCCUUUCUUUCCUUUAUGUGAUUAAACAAGACCCCCCCCCCAAAUCAGGAAUGUCGUUUUAAGGACUUAAGCUGUGGAUUUAAGGCUGUGUGCAGAUAAACUUUCGAACCAAAGCAUGUUUUAAGAAGAGCGUGGAAUGUAUAAGGGCUUUGGAAUGAUGCAGUUAAAAAUAUCAUCGCCAUAUUGGGAACUUCUGUCGGAGGACUUAAGUCUGCGAGGAGAAAUAGAGAAAUAGAGCUGUUUUUAUAUUGUGGGUGAAACUCCUCAGAGGGACUUAAGAAUGACAGUUCUGUAAUUAAUGAUGGAAAGAGCGUUGUUAUCUAUGAAGGCGAUGAUAUAUGGAAACCAUCUUGAUUUGAGGAUUGGAAGAACGGAAAAAUUCACACAGGAUUAUUAUUGGUGUUUAUCAGCUUAAGGAGACUAUCAGAAGAGAUCAUAAAGAAAAAAGAGAAAAUAUAUGAACAAGAUGUGAUGUGGAAACAGCAAGAUAAGACUGGAUAGAAUUAUGAACUUUGUUUGGACUGAUUUGGAUAUUAACGCAGUAGCAAGAAGAUGAUCAGAAUCCUCCUUCAGAUCUUGAAAUAUUGGUCCCCUCAACAAAAUUUAAAAUUAGGCUUUGUAAUUCGGAAUUUAUGUGAUGUGAUUUGAUUUGAUUUGAUUGGCCGGUUAAUAAAAUUUAUUUUUUUAAAAAAAGGAAAAUGUGACCAAGACAUCUGAGGGCAAGGUGUGGAUUCUGACGGCACAACUGGAUUUCACAGCACCACCCUUGCAAAUGAACCUGGAUAUGCAAAUCUUCCAGGGUUCCCUCUCCUUUGCAGUUCAUUCAAAUGUGGUACAAGGAUUCAAAGCUUUUCUUGAGGCACAAAAUCCUUUUGAGGCAAAUGGAAAUGGCUUUGUCAAGCAGUUCUGGGUACAAGUCUUUCUCUGUUUAUUUUCAAACUCCAGUACAAAGGAGCAGGCCAGUGGAGCCUGCACUGGAGAGGAGAAUCUGGAGAAUCUCCCUUCGUCUGUUUUUGAGAUGACCAUGUCUGGCCACAGCUACAGUCUCUAUACUGCUGUCUAUGCCAUAGCACAUGCUCUACAUGCCAUGUUCCUGCCUGGAGCCAAAUAUAGGAGAAUGGUGGAAGGAGAGAUGCUGGAGUUUUGGCCUUGGCAGGUAAUCCUUGUCAUUUGAUAUCAUUUAUUUGACAUAGGCAGUGAUAUGUAAAACAGUACCCUGAAAAAUUUUAAUCUCCACAUUCUCCAUUCGUGUGCGGAGAAGCUGUUCAUUCAGGACCAGCUCAGUGAAGAAUCAGACUGUUCUGCUUACAGCGUUAAGCAGGAGGACCCAAUCCUGCACUCUCCAGUUUUUUUGUGAGCAACUUCCUUUGUGUGCAUGGGUAAACAUGCAGCAAACAGAAGCAUGGAAAUACAGGAUGUAAAACCUUAAAAUAUGCCCUUUCCAAUGAAUUCCAGAAAAUCCCACCUUCCUAGCACAAAAAUAGAUCACAACCUUAGCAGGUUGUAAUGUGGUUUACUUACAAAACUCUUCUAAGUUCAAAAGUUUUAUGGAACACAACACUCAGAAAAAUGUUGCAGAAGUAGAAGACAAAAUGGUAAAAGUUCCUAAACUUUUUACUGGUAUAGAAAUUGAUAGUUUCAGAUUACAUUCUUAUAUGAAAAACAGGCUUCUUAAUUCCAUGUGGCUGUAGAGAGCAGCUCAGAACUCCCCACAAACAAAAUUCACAUAUAGAGUGAGCAGAACAAUAGGCUUUGUUGCCCAUUUCUUCUCCAAAGGUAAAGGGAAGGGACAUAGGCCAAGCCUGUCAGAACACCUUAUUCUACGACAUUAAACCCUUUAUGUCUUUAUUAGACUUAAGCAUGCUGGUUAUAUCAGGCUAGUUGGGCAGUGUGCGCGCGUGUGUUUGUGUGUAGAUAUCCAUUGCUUCAAAGUUACUCUUUUUCUUUCCAUGCAGCUCCACCCCUUUUUUAGGAGUGUCUCCUUUAACAACUCUGCUGGGGAAAGAGUAUCUUUUAGUAUGAACAGAGAAGUAGAAGCUGGCUUUGAUAUUACCAACAUGGUCACUUUCCCAAAUAACUCCUUCAUGAGAGUCAAGGUUGGAAGGGUAGGCGGGGAGGCUGCCGCAGGCCAGGAAUUCACCCUUGACGACAACGGAAUGGUCUGGCACAGAAGCUUUUACCAGGUGAGGCAUAAUUCCUACAUUUAUGAGAGAUAGGAAAAGAGAAUGUUAUUCUACUUACAGAUCAUCAGUCCAGCACAUACCUGCCUUUCCAGCCAGAUUCUAAACACCUUUUCUCUACACUGUGUAAGAAUCAUAGAAUCUUGGAGUUGGAAGUCAUGUGGUCCGCGAUGCAGGAAUCACAACGUAAGAUCUUGCUGGCUCAGAUCAAUGCCCAACUAGUGCAGAAUUGGCCAUCCCAGUGUAUUUCAUGAGUCUCUUGGGAAGAAGAAGGGAUUUGCUGUUUGCAGUUGAAAUGCUGUUGGUUGAGAAGGAAGUAGGGGCUGUGGAAGUUUGUGGGUAGCUGUUCUUUGUCACCAAGUGUAGAAUGAGGAAGGGGGCUUAUUAGAUUGGGGAAGAAUUACCUCUCCCCAAGAUGGCUUGCCAGGCACCUCCCUUUGUAUCUUUAGGCACCAGCCGAAAACAUUCCUCUAAUGCAUUUCUUAGACUUAAGGGGGGGGGUGAAUCACACCGAAGCUACCACACUUUUCAGUUAUACUAGGGUUCCAAAGUGGAGACAGGAUGGCAGAGCUGGGGCUUAUCUUAUCUUGUGGGUUGUAAAUAUCCUGACACACUGACGCACAGAGCUUGCACUCGGGGAUGGCACCAGGAGUGCUCUUAGAGUUAGUGACCUUCUUACCCCAAGAUAAGGAAUACAGGAAUAGGAACAUCCUUUUAUGGUCAAGAGUACAGGAACAGAAACAUCUGUUUGUGAUCAUGGAUUUCAACUUACGUGUAUAAGCUGAUGUGGCUGGAUUCCUGGGGAGGGGGCAAGGGGACCAGAAAGGGUAUAUAAGCUGUGUGUAACUGCUCUUUAAGUGCUCUUGCUGUGAACUGACCACGCAAGUGCCUUUCUGCUGCUCCGGAGAGCAGAAAUAAAGAACUCUUUCUCUGAAGCAACCUCGGUGUCUUUUGACACUUUCCUCCCUCUCUGGGAGCAACGCUCACCCAACCAAUCGGUAAAGUCUAAUAAGGCUACACCCUGAAAGUUGUUGAACCAUGAAGAGCCAAAUGAGUAGCCUGGCACUGUGUUUUGAAUAAGUAGUUUGGUGUCUUCCUACUGCCAGCUGGAAGAAAAAAGAAACCAAAAGUGCUACUUACUUCUUUGUGCUAAACAGUUUAUCUGUUUCUUUAAAUGAGCAGGGUCCACCCCUUUCGGUAUGUAACCCAAAUUGCCCUCCUGGUUCCAGGAAGGAGAAGGAGGAGGGGGAGCCAUUCUGCUGCUAUGGUUGUGCUCCAUGUCCUCAAGGCAAGAUUUCAUCCGAAAAGGGUAAGAGACACUGGAUAUAUAAUGAUUCAAGGAGUGCAAUUUAGAUAUCUUUCUCAUUCAAGUGGAAUAAAAACCAAAUUUCUCCUCCAUACCUAUUGACAGAUAGCCCCCAUAAAGGAUUAGGGACCCACUCCUAAAAAGAAUCGGUUUGUCACCCAUGAUGUAAUCUUUGUCACAGGUUAAAAUACAGCAGGCAAUUCUGAAUUAAAUGCACCAGUGAUAUGACUUAGUAUGAGACACCUUCCUUAAUUCAGGCAAUAACAAAUAAACAUGCGUCUGAUUGAUAAGUGACCGUGCACCCGAGGAAGUUGGAAUGGGUUCAGCAUAGGGCGUGCUGGUGGAAGGGGCUGAGAAUGGAACCCCUGUGCAAAAUGGUCAUGGACUGUACCUGUUUUGAGCAAUAACAAUGUGUUUCUGUGGAGUUAGCAAGCCAUUACAGGACACCCCACAUAACCAUAGCUGUCAACUUUCACAUUUGAAAAUAAGGGAUCAGCAGCCUCGAAAAUAACGGAUCAGCAGCCUCACCUGUCCCAGGAACAGUCUACGGGGUAACUAACAAUCUGGGAUAGCAGCGGGAAGCAGCGGGAAGCGUUGCUGGAAUAAGGGAAUUUCCCGCGAAAAAAGGGAAGGUUGACAGCCAUGCACAUAACCCAACACAAAGUUCUGAGGCAUAGCUGUCAACUUUUCCCUUUUCUUGCGAGGAAUCCUAUUCGGGAUAAGGGAAUUUCCCUUUAUAAAAGGGAAACGUUGUCAGCUAUGUUUUGAGGUGGGGUUCUCAUGCAUGACUUUCAAUCAGGUUACUCUGGAAAUAUGUGUGAUACCUCUAAUUUAACAUAAUCAGUUCCAUACUCACACCGUUAGCAGUUGCUCUGCAACACAUCCAAAAUCUGAAUGUUUUAUUUUCUUUCCAGACAUGGUUGACUGUGUUGCAUGCCCAAAGGACCACUAUCCACACAGAAACCAAUCACAAUGCGUUCCAAAGACCAUCAGCUUCCUGUCGGUUAAAGAGCCUCUGGGGAUGAGCUUAGCAUUGUUGGCUCUUUCUCUCUCUCUCCUCACAGUGGUGGUCCUAGUCAUCUUCAUUAAACAUCAGGACACACCCAUUGUCAGAGCAAACAAUCGGGACC